AUGGCUCGAUUUCCUUUCAGAGAGUUGCGGAUUUUGGACCUCGCCAAUAAUGAGUUCAGUGGUAAAUUGCCAGCAAAAUAUUUUGGAAGUUUGAUAGCAAUGAUGAAAGCAAAUACCACUAAAUUGGAAUAUAUGGGAGAAAACUAUUACCGAGAUUCUGUAUCUGUGGAGAUGAAAGGCAUCUUUAUUGAACUAGUGAAAAUUCAAACUAUUUUCACUACCAUUGAUCUCUUCAGAAAUAAUUUUGAGGGAGAGAUUCCGAAAUUGCUUGGGAACCUCAGAUCACUCAAAGGCCUUAACUUUUCUCAUAAUAAAUUGACCGGUUCUAUUCCUCCAUCGUUUGGAAACCUAAGCGGACUUGAAUGGUUAGACCUCUCCUCAAAUCAGUUUGUUGGUGGGAUUCCUCAACAAUUGGCAGAUAUAACAUCGCUUGCAGUGUUAAACCUCUCUACAAAUAGAUUGGUUGGACCAAUUCCUCGAGGGAACCACUUUGAGACAUUCGACAGUACCUCGUACAGUGGAAACCCGGGUUUAUGUGGAUUUCCAUUGAACGAAACAUGCAGCAAUAUUGAUGAGGCACAUCAAGAAGGUGAUGUGCAUGAGCAAACAAAUGAGUUUGACCUCUGGAAGAUCGUAGUGAUGGGCUAUGGAUGUGGAGUGGUGAUUGGAAUAUCAAUUGGAUACAUGGUGCUUUCAGAUAGAAGAAUUGCUAUGUUUUUGGGAAAGCUUGGAGGUGAUCGAUGGAUUCAAAGAAUCAGAUGGUGA